AUGAAGAUCUUCUCUGCCCUGUUGGCAGCUCUGACUGUCGUGAUGGCGACGGCACGCGCUGCAUCCGAUGCCGAAUCCGCUUUGGAUAUGGCGCAGGCGUCCUACCCAAAGUGCACACUGGGCUGUCUCGCGAAACUUAUUCCUCAAUCAUCCUGUUCACUGACGGACGUCAAUUGCCUAUGCACCAAUGUUCCACUCAACGGCAACUUGACGUUAUGUGUAGUGGAGUCAUGCACUACCUAUGAAGGCUUGAUAACAAAGAACGUCUCGUCGACAAUGUGUGGUGCACCAGUACGGAACCAGACACUGAAGCCGCUUCUUAUCGGAGUAACUGGUGGUGCCAUUGCUCUGAUGAUAUUCAUACUUCGAAUGUGUUCUGCACUACCGGUGGCAGGGCGCCCUAUGGGCUGGGAUGAUUAUGCUAUCUGUGUUGCAGUGGCUCUUGGAGUACCCCCUACGGUGUUUUCUGUUCUUCUAUCCAAAAAUGGCCUGGGAAAAGACAUGUGGACUCUUCCGCUGUCGAACAUCGAGAACGUUCUUUUCUACUAUUAUCUUGGAGAGAUCUUUUACUUCGCUGCCCUUACAGCAACUAAGAUAUCCCUUCUCGCUUUCUUCCUGCGCGUCUUUCCUCAAGAGCGUUUUCGGCAGAUUGUCUACGUUGUCAUUGGAAUAUGUGUGGUUUAUGGUCUUUCAUUCGUUCUGGCCACUACGUUCCAGUGCAAUCCAGUCCCAUACUCAUGGAAACAACUCGACGACAGUUAUAAGGGCUCAUGCAACAAUAUCCACAUUCAGGGGUGGUUGAGUGCAAUCUUCAAUAUCGUCAUCGAUAUCAUCAUCCUUGUGCUGCCUCUGAAGGAGCUCUACGAGCUCAAUGCCAGCCUGAAGAAGAAACUUUUGGUCAUGGUUAUGUUCUCUCUCGGUAUCUUUGUUACAUUUGUGAGUGUUGUUCGGCUGCACUCUUUGAUUGUUUUCGCAAACUCCCAAAACAUCACGUGGGACUACAACGAUGCAGCUUGGUGGAGUACCGUUGAAAUUCACGUCGGUAUUAUUUGUGCAUGCCUGCCAUCAGUACGAGCUCUCUUUGUAUCUCUCGGCGCUUCAGCUCUAGGGACCACCAGAGCAAAUUCCAGAGCGACCGGUCAUCAAGCUUCAAGUCACUCGGGGCUCGCUGGAAGUUCUCUCGGGGGCAGUAAACUCGGGCCUUUGGUCAAGGAAAAACCAGUCUCUGUGCCCAAACAUGGCGACGAGGAGGACUUUAUUCCACUGGUCGAUAUCGGCAAUACCAAACCAUGA